CAUCCUGUUGAGAUGUCUUGUAGUACGUUGUUAAUUGAACCAACAUGCUCCAACUCUGAGAUACAGAGAACUGCAAAAAUGAGGAAAAAUGAUGCUACUUCCAGACAUUUGGGUCCUCCUGAUGAUAAUGAAAGUGAAGAGUCAAAAUCUACUCAAAGAAAGAGAGUGCUUCCAUCUUGGAUGCUGGAAAGAGAUCUCCUGGAUCAGGGGAUUGCUGAGCCUGUGGGAGAUGGUAGAAUGACAAAAGGCCAAGGAAGGCGAGAAAGUGAUAUGGAAUCAUUAGAAUCAGAAGUAAAAGUGCAGCAGAAAAAAAGAUCAGCCUCUGAAGAAACUAUAGAGGAUUUUGAAGGUGAAGAGCAAGAUCAAGCCAAAAGGAGCUGUCUUUCCACCCCUGUCCCUUCACCUCAGAAUACAGCUGGAUUCCCUCUUGAGAGUCCUAUGAGAAACAUGGAAGGAAAUGGCAAGACUGGAACAAAAAUCCCUGGAAGUUCUCUGGAAAACCAUGAUAGGCAGCUGCAUAGCAAAAGGUCUAAAAGAGCAGGUCAGAUCUCCAGUAAAGAAUAUAGAAUUGAGGAAAGAGAAAACAAAGAGCAGAUUUCUGGUUCUACAAGCCAACAAGCUCACUGGGGCAGGACUUCCCAAUAUUUUGGUGCCCAGGAAGGGGCUCUUGAGCCUGAUGCAAAUCCGGAUUGCGAGACUGAGAUCUCUGAUUCAGCCAGAAGUGCAGAUGCUCCGGAAAGCUCCAAACAGAUCAAGCAUAAGAGGACACCUUGCAUGUAUGGAACAGGCUGUUACAGGAAGAAUCCCAUUCACUUCCAGCAGUUCAGUCACCCUAAUGAUGAUGAUUAUCAUGAAGCAGGGAUGGUAACUCAGGAGAACAAUGAUAACCGGCCUGAAUGUCCCUAUGGAACUGCUUGUUACAGGAAGAAUCCCCAGCACAAGCUAGAAUACAAGCACAGUUCACCUCCAGUAACUGAAAGAAGAACCCGACAACAAACUUCAAGGAAUGGAAAAAGGGCUGUGGAAAAAGAUGGUGCCAGUGAUGAUGAACCAAAUGAAUAUGACCUUAAUGAUGGCUUCAUAGAUGACGAGGAAGAAGAGUGUGAGCCUACUGAUGAAGACUCUGACUGGGAACCAAGUUCAGAGGAGAAAGAUAAUGAAGAUGUUGAAACGCUUGUGCAAGAAGCACAUAGAUUUGUUAAGACCAAAAAGUAG